GCUUUGGUGAAUACACGGUUUGGUGCAGCCGGGGUUUUUGGUACCGAGCGGAGAGGAGAUGCACACGGCACUCGAGUGUGAGGAAAAAUAGAAAUGAAGGUACAUAUGCACACAAAAUUUUGCCUCAUUUGUUUGCUGACAUUUAUUUUUCAUCAUUGCAACCACUGCCAUGAAAAACAUGACCAUGGUCCUGAAGAGCAUCACAGACACCAUCAUGGAAUGACAGACUCGGAGUCAAGCAAAUUUUCAGUUCCGGAUGCUGAAAAUGAAAAAAAAUAUUACAUUGAAAAACUUUUUGAGCGUUACGGUGAAAAUGGAAGAUUAUCCUUUUUUGGUCUGGAGAAACUUUUAACAAACUUGGGCCUCGGAGAAAUAAAAGUAGUUGAGAUUAAUCAUGAGGAUCUUGGCCACGAUCAUGUUUCUCACUUAGAUAUUUUGGCAGUUCAAGAGGGAAAGCAUUUUCACUCUCAUAACCACCAGCAUUCCCAUAAGCAUUUGAAUUCAGAAAAUCAAACUGUGACCAGUGUAUCAACAAAAAGAUACCAUAAGUGUGAUCCAGAGAAAGAGACAAUUGAAGUGUCUGUCAAACCUGAUGAUAAACAUAUGCGUGAUCGUAAUCAUCGCUUAUGUCAUCACCAUUGUUUGCGUCAUCACCUCGAUCAUAACACUACUCGCCAUUUUUCUAAUGAUUCCAUUACUCACAGCGAGCGUGGGGAGACUAGCCAUGAACCUUCAACAGAGACCAAUAAAACACAGGAACAAUCUGAAAGUAAGCCGCCAAAAGGAAAGAGGAAGAGAAAAGGGAAGAAGAGUGAUGAAAAUUCUGAGGUUAUUACACCAGGUUUUCCCCCUAACCAUGAUCAGGUUGAACAAUAUGAGCAUAAUCGGGUCCAUAAACCUGAUCGUGUACAUAACCCAGGUCAUUCUCAUGUACAUCUUCCAGAACAUAAUGGUCAUGAUCCUGGUCAUGGACACCAAGAUCCUGAUCCUGAUAAUGAAGGUGAACUUCGACAUACUAGAAAGCGAGAAGCACCACAUGUUAAAAAAAGUGCAAUUUAUUCAGCUGCUAGUCACAAAGAUCAUAAUGAAGAUGACCGUCAACAUGAGUGUUUGAACGUCACUCAGUUGUUAAAAUACUAUGGUCAUGGUGCCAACUCUCCAAUCUCAGCUGAUCUAUUUACAUACCUUUGCCCUGCAUUGUUAUACCAGAUUGACAGCAGACUUUGUAUUGAACAUUUUGACAAACUUUUAGUUGAAGAUUUAAAUAAAGAUAAAAAUAUGGUUCCUGAAGAUAAGGCAAAUAUAGGGGCAUCAGCAUGGAUUUGUGGUAUAAUUUCUGUCACUGUCAUUAGCCUGCUUUCCUUGCUAGGCGUGAUCUUGGUUCCCAUCAUUAACCAAGGAUGCUUCAAAUUCCUUCUCACAUUCCUUGUUGCUCUAGCUGUAGGAACAAUGAGUGGAGAUGCCCUUCUUCAUCUACUGCCCCAUUCUCAGGGUGGGCAUGAUCACAGUCAUGAACAUGCACAUGGGCAUGGACAUUCUCAUGGACACGAAUCUAAGAAGUUUUUGGAAGAAUAUGAUGCUGUACUGAAAGGACUUGUUGCUCUAGGAGGCAUUUACUUGUUAUUUAUCAUUGAACACUGUCUUAGAAUGUUUAAGCACUACAAACAGCAAAGAGGGAAACAGAAAUGGUUUAUGAAGCAGAGCACAGAAGAAUCGAGUAUUGGAAGGAAGCUUUCAGAUCAUAAGUUAAAUAAUACACCAGAUGCUGACUGGCUUCAGCUCAAGCCUCUUGCCGGAACUGAUGACUCGGUUGUUUCUGAAGAUCGACUUAAUGAAACUGAGCUGACAGAUUUAGAAGGCCAACAGGAAUCCCCUCCUAAAGCUUACCUCUGUGCAGAAGAGGAGAAAAUAGUGGACCAUGCUCACAGUGAUGGAUUCCACGCCGCUGACGAGCACGACCUGCACGCUGCUGCGCACAACCACCUCGACGAGAGCAAGACUGCGCUGAGGAAGCAUGACCAUCAGUGGCACCACAAGCACUCCCAUCAUUCCCAUGGUCCCUGUCAUUCCGGGUCAGAUCUGAAGGAAACCGGAAUAGCUAAUAUAGCUUGGAUGGUAAUCAUGGGGGACGGCAUCCACAACUUCAGCGAUGGGCUGGCCAUUGGAGCAGCUUUCAGUGCUGGGUUGACGGGAGGAAUCAGUACUUCCAUAGCUGUCUUCUGUCAUGAGCUGCCACACGAGUUAGGUGAUUUUGCAGUUCUUCUUAAAGCUGGCAUGACAGUAAAGCAAGCCAUUGUGUACAACCUCCUGUCUGCCAUGAUGGCUUACGUCGGCAUGCUCAUCGGCACAGCUGUGGGCCAGUACGCCAACAACAUCACUCUCUGGAUCUUUGCCGUCACUGCUGGCAUGUUCCUCUAUGUAGCCUUGGUGGAUAUGCUUCCAGAAAUGUUGCAUGGCGACGGCGACCAUGAGGAACAUGGCUUCUGCCCAGUGGUGCAGUUCAUUCUUCAGAAUUUAGGGCUGCUGUUUGGAUUUGCCAUCAUGCUGGUGAUUGCCCUCUUUGAAGACAAAAUUGUGUUUGACUUCCAGUUUUGACCAUUCCCGGUGAUCACUGCGGAUUACGAAACGUUACCGUGCAGCUUUGCAUCUGUUCCUUGUACUGCGCACGCAGUGCUCAAAGAAAAGUCAGUGGCUUGCACUCCUUACAAGUUCUGUAGGUUCGAGCCGACCCCCAAGACUGGUGCUCUGUGCUGUUUUCUGUGUGUGAAAGGAUCUUUUUUAAAAAAAAGUAAACCUUGUGAUAUAGAAAGGAGAAAAUGGGACUCCAUGAAACAGUGUUGGAAUAGGAUUAAGACUUUCAAAAAAAUAACCAUAUAAAACACUAAAGUAGGCUCUUUAUUAGUAGAAACUCCUGUGGCUAUGCAGAAAUAGAAAUUGAACCA